AUGCUGACCUGCCGCCUCCAGUGCGCCCUCGCCCUGCUCGUCUCGGUCGCCCUGGCGCUGAGCAGCGUGGCCGCCGCCCCCUCGGACCCGAGACUCCGGCAGUUCCUGCAGAAGUCCCUGGCCGCGGCAGCGGGGAAACAGGAAUUGGCCAAGUAUUUCCUGGCGGAGUUGCUCUCAGAACCGAGCCAGACGGAAAAUGAGGCCCUAGAGUCAGACGAUUUGUCCCGUGGCGCUGAGCAAGAUGAAGUGAGGCUGGAGCUGGAAAGAUCAGCCAACUUGAACCCAGCUCUGGGACCCCGAGAACGCAAAGCCGGAUGCAAGAACUUCUUCUGGAAGACGUUCACAUCCUGUUAG